UCCACGUCGUCCCUGCUUCCUUCUUCUAUUCGCAGAGACGACAUCGGACUUCCUUCUCUGUCGCAAGUUCGGGCAUCUCGUCGCUGGAUCUCGAGAGCUGUCCCUUGAGCGGAAAAUAAGGAAGCAGGACCGAAGAGGAGAUACCGAGAAGAAGGGGGUGUUUUGCGAAUAUGAUGCGAUCAGAAGGUACCGAGCUGGACGAUGCGCCACCGGCCGUCCAGCAGUUUCUCGCCCAAUCCUCAAAGGCGCAACAGCGUUUCCAGGCCUUUCUUGAUCAGACGACUCCCUACACGGCGAAACGAUGGGGUGCCACGGCAGGUCUCCUCUUCUUGUUCAUGCUGAGGAUCAUCCUUUCGCAAGGGUGGUACAUUGUCUGCUAUGCACUCUUCAUCUAUCUCCUCAAUCUCUUCCUCGCCUUUCUCCAGCCGAAGUUCGAUCCCUCCAUGGACGCCGACUUGGCUGAGCAGGACGUGGAAGAGGGCGAACCGGGUCUGCCGACGAGCGCGAGCACGUCAUCGUACGGCAACGGGAAAGGAUCCGGCGGCGGUGGAGGGGGCCUGAUGAGCGGAGUCUUUGGCGCAAAUGGCGGGCAGCAGGAGGACGAGUUUCGACCUUUCAUCAGAAGGUUGCCCGAGUUUAAGUUCUGGCUUGGCGCGACGCAGGCCAUUCUCAUCUCGCUCUUCUGCACCAUGUUCUCCGUCUUUGACAUUCCAGUGUUUUGGCCGGUGCUCGUCAUCUACUGGUUGAUGUUGACUGGCAUCACGAUGCGAAGACAGAUCAAGCACAUGAUCCGGUACAAGUAUGUCCCAUGGGAUCUGGGCAAGAUGAAAUACGGGAGAAAGUAAAGGAAAGCUUUCUUCGACGCUCCUUCAUUGUUGUACAACGUUUAAUUGUGUAGGCACGGCCAUCGCCAUCUCUAAACUUCCUCCCUUUUACCGGAGAGCGACAUAAAGUACAUUUCCUUCGCCCGUCUAUGCUUUCAUGCCUCUCCAUCUCCGGUCCACUUUUGGCCAGUGAUGCGCUCGUACGCCUCCUUGUACUUUUCCGACGUCUUGCGCACUACUUCAUCGGGCAGCCGUACC